AUUUUCGAGGCAACGCGAAUUUCGCGCAAAAUCCUAUGAAAUCUCCGAAGUUGGGGAGGAACUCUUUCGAGUUUCUCGAUUCGCGGGGGACUUGAUUUCGUGACCUUGGGUCGCUUAUCACCGAGCUUAUCGGAUUUACGAGCCUCGGAGGCUCGCGUGCGUUUUCCGCGCGUUUCCGCGAAGGGACGUAUUUCUGUGUCUAUCGAUCAAAUAUCUCGAGCCUGGAAGUCGGGGGUGUCUCGAAAGCCCGGGGACAGUGGUUUUUGUGACCUCCUCGCUUUCGACACCUCCUCGGAGGCGGGAAGAAGAGUUUCCGAAAUUGGCCAUUCCAAGAUGGCCGCCUCGGCCGAGGGCCCGCGGAUCAGGCGAGAAAAACCGCCCUUCAAACUCUGUUUCUCCAGGCAGUGGGAAACCGGUCGUUCCGAUGCUUCCGUCUCCAAGGCCAAUGCGAACGUCGUCACUCCGAAAUUCUACUCUCGGGAAAUGGAAAAUAUGCAACGAGUGGACAUUAGCGAGACCGUGAAGGAAAUCGAGAAGCAGGAGAGCAAAAAUCCCAAGGAUCAUUAUCGCUGGCCUCUUUUGACUAGUCAUAACUACGGUUGGUGGCACGAAAAAGGAAUACACCCAAGAGAUCCGAAAUUCGAUUUCCACAAAAAAACGUCGGACCUCGUCAGCUUCCAGAUGAAGAUUUACGCCGAAGACCGGAAACUCAAGGGCCUCGGAUAUUGAGACGAAUAAAGCGAUUUUAUUUUCUUAAACAUUCCGUCCCGAAUUUAGGUGAGAUUUUAGACAGAGAGGACAUUUAAAAAGACACCGAAAAUGUGCAGUCUCCCUAUUCCGAAUAGGAGAGAAUCGCACUAUUGUAACAAUGCUUAGAAUAAUUGUUAGUACACCAACGCUAAAUACCGGAUCCGUAUUGUAGUCAC